AUGGCAUCAACUCGACUUGUAAUGUUGCUGUUCUUGGCAACACUGUCAGUGAUACAAGUACAUAGAGUAUUCGGAGUCCUUCUUAAAGAAAUUGGAAGAGAGAUGAAAGAUGAUGAUAAUGCGAUCAAGAAACAGAAUGAAGAUAAAACCGAGAAUUCCUCGGAAAAACGAUUCGGAAUAGCUUACGCUAGAGGUGUACACUGGCAGGAGCAUAGGAAGUUUACUAGAGUUUUAAUCCGUGAGUUUGGUUGGGGAAAAACGGAUGACUAUUACAAGAUAAUUCAAACAGAGGUAAAAUGUGUGAUGAAGGAAUUGAUUGAUACUAAAAAAGGCGAAUCCUUUGAUCCUGAUAUAUUCUACCAUCAUUCUGUCUGUAACAUCCAGUGUCAAUUUAUUUUUGGUAAUAUAUUCGAGUAUAAUGACAAAAAGGCUAUACAAUUUUUUGACGCAUUAGAAGGAUUCUCCUUGGAUACCAACCCAGCUGUCAUGAUGACCAUUUUUCCCUUAUUGGUCAAAAUCCCAUUUGGAAGCACUAAACGGGUACUCAGCCAUAUAUUUGUAGCACGUACAUUUAUCAGAGGUCAAAUUGAGAACAGACUUGCACUGCGGAAGAAACUUGGAAACUCUUACAAACCAGCCAGGAAAAACUAUAUCGACUGCUACUUGGAUGAGAUUGAAGCGAGACGUGAUCAGCCCGAGUUGGAGUUCAGCAAUGACUUUUUAAUAUUAGCCCUACUCGACAUAUUUUUCGGCAACCAGACAGUUGGUGAUGUACUCACAUGGACAACAUUAAUGAUGGUGUAUCACCCAGAAGUGCAGAAGAAGGUACAAACAGAACUAGAUCGUGUAAUUGGUCCUGAUAGAGAUUCAGAUGUAAAUGACAGAUACAAUCUUCAUUACCUAAAUGCAGUUCUAUUUGAAGCUACUCGAAUUCGCCCCAACUCGCCAUUCGGCAUCCCUCGUAUGACCAAUGAAGACACAUCGAUCUGUGGUUAUUUUAUUCCCAAGAAAACUUAUGUAGUGCCAAACUUGUGGUCCGUGCAGGGAGACGGAAAAUACUGGCCCAAUCCUAUGAAGUUCGAUCCUGAGAGAAAUCUGGAUAAUAAUGGAGUUUUCACUCAACAAAGCCGUGUACACUUGCCAUUUGGAAUAG